AUGGACCGCCGAUUGCAGCAACCCGAAGACGAGCCUACUUUCGGCCAAGCACUUAAAGCUCAAUUGUUCGCUCCUGAGGUUCGACAGGGAAAUCUUAACAUCGCUUUGUCAUUGACCGUGUUCGCUGGUGCCGUUGUCUUCUUGCGCAACUUUGGUGAUUUGUUGGCUGUCUAA